AUGGGUCGAGUCAUAAUCAGGACGCAAAAAGUUAGACUUUGGGCCUUCGGUAAAUUUUAAGAAGCAGAAGAAAUUGAUAAUAUAUCCGAUGAGAAGAUAUAGAAAGUGUUGAAAGAUUUCAAAGCUAUUGAAUUGAAUGUUCUUGAAUAUGAUUAGGAAAGGGGGUCAAAUAUUGCUCCCCAUAAAGAUGAUUUUUGGCUUUGGGGUGAGAGAAUUAUUGGUAUUAAUCUUUUGGAAGACACUGUGAUGACUUUUACCAGAGAAAUUCAUGAUUAACUUGUAGAAAUAAUGGUACCUAUAAAAAGAAGAUAACUAUAUUUGAUAAGUGGGUAGAGUAGAUUUGAUUGGAUGCAUGGAAUUAAAAGUGAGCAUAUCAAAGGUAAGAGAGUAGUAUGCACGAUAAGAGAAUUUUCUGAAGAAUUCAAGCAUGAGACUUCUGAAAUUGGAAAUAAAAUUAGGAAAAUUGCUUGUAAUUUUAUCGAUGAUUGA